GGCUUGGUCCCUACCUAUUAACAUUCGCUGCCUCUCCUCGGAUAGAAUCUCUCACUGUAUUCGACUAGCUGUGUGAUGGACGCAAUGGUGGAAGAGGUGCCUGGAGAGGUCCAUCGGCCCGCGGCAGCAUGGGUCCCAACUGACAGAGGGGGGAAGCUUACCAAAAUAUACCGAAUCAUCUCCGUAGCCUGAACUCUCAGUCAAAAGAAUUAAAAGAGUCAAAUCGGAACGUUACCGAUUUUUUGGUGAUGAUAUUCGGAAAUUACCCCGCAUGGAAACUUCCGAUGCCUUGGUAAAUGCCGUCGACCUUGCGAAACCAUCAAGCAUGUUUCAGGCGGGGUAGAAUGUUGUUAAAAGCAAUGGAUUGACCACUGAUUGCGAAUCAAUUACUAUGAAUCAGAUACGAGUCCCGCCUUCUGGUAAACUUACAAAAUGAUUUUGGAUAUUUUCCUUCAGCACCCAUGGGCGUAUUUAACAGCUGCGCUGGUGGGACUACUCAUGACAAAGCUCCUUGUCAAUAAAUACGGCAAUGGGUUGAACGGAAUCCCCGGGCCAGCUUUGGCCUCUUUCACUGAUCUCUGGCGCUUUCUCGAUGUGUAUCGAAGACGACCAGAGGUGACGCAUAUUGCUCUACAUGAAAAGCACGGCAGCGUCGUGAGACUCGGACCCAACACGGUAUCGAUCUCAGAUCCAGCUGCUAUACAGAAGAUCUACGCUCACAACUCGGGGUACACCAAGUCUGAUUUCUACCCGGUUCAGCAGACCAUUAACAAGAGUGGCAAGAGACUCAUCACCCUCUUCACCUCACAAGAUGAAAAGUUCCACUCGCAGCUUCGACGUUCUGUCUCUAAUGCUUAUGCCAUGAGCACUCUCGUCCAAUUCGAACCCUUCGUUGACUCUACUACCACCGAGUUCUUCAAACAACUUGACCAGCGAUAUGCCAACCAGAACGACAUCCUUGACUUUGGAACAUGGCUGCAGUACUAUGCCUUCGACGUCAUUGGCGAGUUGACGUACUCGAAGAGACUGGGCUUCGUGGAUCAUGGCAAAGAUGUGGAUAAUAUCAUCGGAAAUCUUGAAUGGUUGCUCAACUAUGCUGCGCCAGUCGGACAACUGCCAAUCCUCGAUAGCUUACUCCUUAAAAACCCAUUGAGACUGCAGCUUACAAAAUGGGGCUUCACAAACUCAUCAUCACCCGUCGCCAUAUUCGCGCGCAACCGAAUGCUCGCGCGUGUCGACCCUGAGAAGCUAGGCGAUAUGAAAUUUGACCAAGACAACGGCCGUCGAGACUUUCUCUCACGAUUCCUCGAAGCCAACCAAAAAGACCCAGAGUUCAUGACCAAUGAUCGAGUGCUUGCUCUGACCGUGGCAAAUAUGUUUGCAGGCUCUGAUACAACAGCGAUUACUUUCCGAGCCAUCUUUUACUACCUCAUGAAGAACCCAGCUGAUAUGAAGACUUUAAUGGCUGAGCUCGCUGAAGAAGAAAAAGCUGGCCGGUUCACCCGUGAAGAUGGUCUCCUAAGCUGGAGUGAAGUCCGAGAUCUUCCUUUCCUUAACGCCGUGGUCAAAGAAGCUCUUCGGUGCCAUCCUGCCGCAGGUCUCAUGCUAGAACGCAUUGUCCCACCGCGAGGUCUUGAAGUUGACGGCCAUCAUAUUCCAGGCGGCACAAUCGUUGGAGUCAACGCUUGGGUUCUGCACCGGAACAAGGAUAUCUUCGGUCAUGAUGCUGAUCGCUGGAGACCUUCGAGAUGGAUUGAAGCUUCGACUGAACAAAAGAGGCGGAUGGAGAACUACAUGUUUGCCUUUGGUGCGGGUUCGAGGACUUGCAUUGGGAAGAAUAUUAGCUUGUUGGAGAUGUAUAAGAUGGUACCGGCUCUUUUGAGGCGAUACGAGCUUGAGUUCCCUUCGGCGGACAACACAUGGCAUUUGAACAAUGCGAUGCCACCAUCACAGAGUCGCCCUGGGCGAGUUGAUACCGACGUUUUACUCGCCAUCAAACCCGAGCACUUGGCAAAUAUCAUCAGCCGAGAAAAGAACCAUGAGUAUCGUAAGUAUCGUCUCAAAGACGGUGUCUCUCGCCUUUGGCUUUACGAAACUGGCAGUGGAGGCGGCCGCUCAUCAAUCACACACAUCGCAGUAAUCCCACCAAAUACCCGCCAUGAACCAGGUUCUGUGCCGAAUGAGCCUUUUGGUAUUGGCAAUGAAGACUUCAACGCGGGACUCAAGGAGUCCAAGUACGGAUAUCCUAUACUGGAGCUCUACGAACUGGCAAACCCGGUUACUCUCAACGAAAUGAAGACACGAUGGGGCAUGGGUGGUGCACCUAUGGGAUGGCAGUACGUGGCAUCAAAUUUAUGGGAGGACAGAUGGGGCGAGGAUGAGGAGAGACGUGAGACGGUGAAGAAAUUGUUUUAGACCAUACCCUGGGUUGCUUGGCGUGUGGUGUUAAUACCAUGAAGAUCA